AUGAGCAAUUACAUGCCUAAGGGCUCCAUCUCCGCCACCACCUCGGGCAUCUUCUAUCUGGAGAAAAUCGAUUCCAUAUCUUUUGGCUCAAUUCUCCGCAGUGCCGAAGAGAGCACCUUGGGGUCAGGAACGGUCGACUUGAUUACUGCAUGUGAAUGCAUUCACUGGACCGACACGAUUGCCGCUCUCCAAGAAUUUGGCAGGCAACUCAAACCUGGUGGCACGCUUGUGCUUACACACUACGGUGUAGCACAGAUAUUGGGCAAUGACUCGGCUCAGAGGAUUUGGAAAGCCAUUUGGGGUGUACAUUCGACCAAGGCCAAGGGUGCGCUGUUUGAUCGUGCUUUUCAGCUUUGCAAUAAAGCACUAGAAGGCCUUGAGUUUCCCGAAUUGGAAUGGGAGACUGUCAAACGGAUAUACAUCAACGCGAACGGGAACCUUGAGUCCUUCAUAUUUAACGAGCGAGUCGGUGAAAGUAGGAGGGUCAAGAAUGGAGAGGAGAAGGUCUGGGAAGACGGUGACGAGCAGUGGUCCGACCAGCAAGGGAUUGAUUGGUUGAGAGGGUAUUUUGGUACAUGGAUGCCUCGAAUCCCGGAGUCCGAAAUUCAGUUUCUUUGGCAUGACAUGGAGCUUGUCCUGAAGGGAGAGAAAGUGAGAAUUGAGUUUCCGGUGGUGAUGGUUUUCGCUACAAAGACACAGCACAGCCCCUACUAA